UGUUUUUCAGCCAACCGUUUUACUCUGUUCAACCAUGUCUGCCUUCUGGGGUGUUGAGAUCGAGCCUGGCAAGAUGUACUCGCAGCUCGUCAGCGCGUCGUUCUACAUCAAGCUUGCGUCGCUGGGCGCCGAAGUCGAGGACGACGCACGCGCUACCGUCUACCUGACUGCCGAGCGCAAGACCUUCCCGAUCUCGACUCUGAUCGGCGGCCGCAUCAUGCAGCAAAACCUCGAUCUGUACAUCGAGGAGGGCACCAAGAUCACCUUCCGCGUCAGCGGUCAAGUCCCCGUUCACCUUGUCGGCCACCUUGCACCGAUCGGCGAGUACAUGGACUACGACGAUGACGACGACGAGUACGACGACGACGAAGAAGAUGCCGACCUCGAGGACAUGGACGACGAGGAAGACUCUGAGGACGACGACGUGCAGACCAAGAAGGCUCUUCGCCGCCUGAUUGCCGACGAGGCUGAUGACGAUGAAGACGACGACGAGGACGACGAGGAGGACGACGAGGAAGAUCUUGAGGACGAGGACGACGAGGAUGACGAGGAGGAAGACGAGGAGGAAGAUGCUCCAGUGAACGGCAAGAAGCGCGCUGCCAUCACCAGCCUCCCUGACUCCAAGCGCGCCCGCGUUGAGGAGAAGAAGCCCGAGGCUGCCAAGAGCGCUCAGACCCCGACCAAGCCUGUGGUCGCCGCCGCUGCUGCCGCCGCCGCUGCUGCUUCGCCUGCUCAGAAGGGCAAGCAGACCCCGGCUGCCGCCGCUGCUUCCCCUGCCCAGAAGGCUGCUGCCGCCGCUGCUUCCCCUGCCCAGAAGGCUGCUGCCUCGCCCGCUCAAAAGCCCGCUGCUGCCACCGCCUCGCCGCUUCAAAAGAAGACCCUCCAGGGCGGCCUGGUCAUGGAAGACAAGGUUGUUGGCACUGGUGCACUUGCCGCUCCCGGCAAGAAGAUUGCCUGCUACUACUAUGGCAAGCUCAAGUCGGGCAAGAUGUUUGACUCGUGCACGUCCGGCAAGCCGUUCGGCUUCAAGCUCGGCGCUGGCGAGGUUAUCAAGGGCUGGGACAUUGGCAUUGCAGGAAUGCGUGUCGGUGGCAAGCGCACGCUCACCAUCCCCGCUCCCCUCGCUUAUGGCGCUCGCGGCUCCCCACCGACCAUCCCCCCGAACUCGACCCUGACCUUUGACGUCGAGCUCAAGAACGUCCUUUAAUUUGUUUUUCAACCGACCUUUUUUUUCCAUACUAACACGCACAAAGGCAGCAAAAAGCACGCACACAAGACAAGAAGAAGAAACAAGAUACAAACCUUUCUCGACUUCUUUUUUUUUUUUGGUUCUUUUGUUGUUGGUCAUGCUUGCUAAGAUUUCUUUUUCAUGUUCUUUGUUAUUGCGGAUGGGUGCGCUCGUUAUUCUGGUCGCCUUCGUCCAUAUUGUUUGUUACACACUAAAUUCAUUUUUUUUUUCAAUGCU